AUGGCGGGUGCCCGACUGAAGUUCUCUCACUUGUUUCUCAAAGACAAGACCUUCAAGCCGAAGAAAAGAUUUGAAAGUGGCACCCUGAAAUACAAUUUGCACAAACAAGCCAAUGCUUCCCUGAACUCUGGGAUUGAUCUGAAAGAAGUGGUGAAGCUGCCGCCAGGAGAGGAUGUCAACGACUGGAUCGCUGUUCAUGUGGUGGACUUCUUCAACCGAAUCAACCUUCUGUAUGGCACUAUAUUUGAGCAUUGUACUGAACAAACCUGCCCUACAAUGUCUGGGGGGACCAAGUACGAGUACCAUUGGUGCGAUGGGGUCAACUACAAGAAACCCACGGCCCUGCCCGCCCCACAGUACAUUACUCUACUUAUGGAGUGGGUGGAGACACAGAUCAAUGAUGAGAACUUAUUUCCUGUUCAAGUGGGCAAACCAUUUCCAAAAAAUUACUUGAGUGUAGCAAAAACUAUAUUGAAAAGAUUGUUUCGUGUGUUUGUACACGUCUACAUCCAUCAUUUUGAUAAACUCCUGGCAAUUGGAGCGGAGGCUCAUGUCAACACCUGCUAUAAACAUUUCUAUUAUUUCGUCACCGAGUACAACCUGAUUGACAAGAAGGAGCUGGAGCCUUUGAGAGAGAUGACAGAACGGAUAUGCCAUUAA